AUGCUCGGCCACGCAUCCCGCCAGGCGGCCGCCGUGCCCCUCCGCUCCUCGUCAGCACCUCGCUCCCUGUCCCCCCUGCUCCGCACACAGCCACACACUGCCGCCGCAGCUCGAGGCCGCUUCCUUCACUCCCGCCCAUCCCCGUCCUCGUCCUCGUAUACCCAGCCACCCCGCUCCCAGGCCCUCUUCUACUCCGUCGCGCUCGGCGCCGGCGUCGCCUGCUGGUGGGCCACCUCCACCACCGUCCACAACGAUGUCGCGCAGUCAGUCGCGACCGAGGCAGACAUCACCCUCACCACACCCUCACAGCAGGACCAGAUGCGCCAGCGCGCAAUCAACCAGGGCGUCUACGCCUGGGGCUCGAAUCGGUACAAUGUCGUCGCGCCCGAUGCGCCCCAGGUCACCCUCGUCCGCUCCCCUCGCUCCAUCCCCUUUUUUGACGGCGUCGCGCUGCGCGACAUUGCCCUCGAGGAAAAGCACGGCGUCGCAGUAGACGCAAACGGAGACGUCCUCCAGUGGGGGCUCGGCUUCUUUGACCCGGCCUCGCGCCAGUCGACCGCAAUCGAAGACGUGCCCCUCGGCCGACGCCGCGAAAAGGUCUACGCCAACGCCGUCGCCCCCGUCGGAUCCAUGGCUUCCCAGCCCCUCUUGCCCGUCCGCACCCUCGUCGGCAAGGACAUUGUCAAGGUCACGGCAACCGAGGACAAGGUCUUUGCCCUCUCCAAGGACGGCAAGGUCUACGCCUUCUCGGCCGUGCAGCAGCUCCAGGCUCCUCGCAAGCCGGCAUCCUGGAGCGCCAACCCGCUCUCGCUCUUUGGCCUCCUCUCGGCCUCGACCAUCGACCACGAGAUCCUGCAGCCCGCGCCCUCGUCGGCCUUUGCCAGCGGCGAGCGCGUCGUCGACGUGGCCGUCGGCAACAACCACCUCCUCGCCCUCUCGACAAAGGGCCGCGCCUUUUCCAUGCCCAUCAACGCCGACGGCAACAGCUUCGGCCAGCUCGGCGUCCGCCGCGUCCUGCUCAACUCGCCCCGCACCCCAGACACCAAGCCCGGACACACCGAGGCCCUGCUCGAACCCAAGCUCUUUGCCGAGCUCGAGAGCGACUCCGGCCGACCCGCCGCAUCGCUCAUGGACGCCAACGCCCUGCCUCCUCCGUCGACCGAGAGCGGGCGCACCUCGAAGCCCUCGGCCGACGCUCCCGUCCAGACCGCCUCGGACCCCACGCCGGGCGCAAAGCCUCUCACCGAGUCCCCGGCCAGCAUCCGCUACUGCACCACGCUGCACGAGAUCCCCGCGCUCAAGAACAUCAACAUCGCUCAGAUCGCCGCGGGAGCCGAACACUCGCUGGCCCGCACCCACGACGGCCGCGUGCUCGCCUGGGGCCGCCAGACGCACGGCCAGGUCGGCCUGGGCUCGCAGGUGGCCAUCGAGUGCGUGCCCGUGCCCUCCGAGGUCGUCCUCACCCGCUCCUUUCCCAACUCGAGCUCCGAGGUCAGGGCAACGUCGAUUGCCGCCGGCGGCGACAACUCGUUCAUCAUGACGACGCGGCGCGAGCCCGGAUCGCUCGGCAUGGGCCUCAAGAUCGACCUCCUCGCCGUCGGAAAGGGUCAGUGGGGCACUCUCGGAAACGCAAUGUGGAGCCAGGUCGCCUCGCAGCCGGCGCGCGUCAAGACCGUCUCUGGACUGAUGGAAUUCUCGGAGCUGACGAACAAGACCCACCCGGUACCGAUCUACUCGCUGAGCAUCGGCAAGCCAGGCCACUGCGCCCUGGUGCUCGACACGGUGGAGGCGGCGGGCCACGCCGCCUUUGGCCGCGACGUGAUGGUGUGGGGCGCGAAUGCGGCCUUCCAGCUGGGCACGGGCAAGCGAUCCAACCUGGCCGUGCCGCAGCACCUCAAGCCCCUGCCCCCGCUGACGCCGCGACCGGGUCUCGACACCGACGCCGCCGCCGCCGACGCUGCCGCCGCCGCGCUGCUCGCACCGGCCGACCCGUCAGCACAGAAGCUGCGCGAGGCCGACAUCAAGAGCGGCGCCCUGACUCACAUGCCCCACAAUCGUCUCCAGCUCGCCAGCAAGACAAAGGCCGACACCCGCAUCCCUGCCGCCGUCGAGACCAUCAGCCAGCAGCAGCAGCCGUCGCAGAAGAACGCCGGUAAGGUCAAGAAGAACCAGACGGUCGAGGAGACGAUCAAGGCCGGUACGGUUUCCACAGUUGUAUUCUGGAAGGUCGAGCCGUGA